UAGACUGAUUACUGUCUGCAGCGACCUUUGAACGGAGUAGAGCUAGUUCCAUCGCUCGAUGCUAUCUGUGACUUUUUCAUGCUUGAGUGCACUAUUUAUUCAAAAACUCACUAUUAUCAUCAACGAUUACGAUAGCAUUAAAAGAUGAAUCUUUCCUUGUUUGAACGAUUAGUACAUUCGUUUUCGAUUUACUGUACCUUCACCGCCUACAGCUGAUCGUCUCAGUACUGUUCAAACCACUACGAGUGCACAAGCGCACUUUGACAGUACUACUUCAUCAUCACAGCCGAUCGUUCUGGCAGCACAAGAGAAGAAAACUGUGGAUGAAGCAAAGGAAUUUGUUCAGUUUAUGCGUGAUGCAUGGGGUUUGGUCACGCCCGAAUUAAUCAUUUCGGUCACUGGUGGUGCACGAUUUUUUCAAUUGACGACGUUACGUACAAGGACGGCUUUUCAAAAAGGAUUGGUUGCAGCUGCCACGGCUACAAGUGAGCUUAGAACUUUAGAUCUAGAGCACGUGUAG